UAGAUUUAUAGUGCUUUCAUCGGAAUCACAAAAAACAGUUAAGCGUUGGAACGUUUUUUGUUUUUCUAUUCACGUCUGUAGAGAUGAAGGACUAGUUAUAGUUAGGUAUCAUCAUUAAAUUUCAAUUAUAUAUUCGAUAGGAUUCGGGCCUAUUUUGACUUUGUUUUUCUUUUUUUCAAAUAUACAACGUCAAACAGAUGUAAAAUUUUCAUGCUUAAACGUAACAUUUAAAGUAUCAUGCAAAAUUUAUUGUAGUAAACUUAUAUCUUUCUUAAAAGGAUACAUUAUUAAUAAAAGUAGUCAAAUAUAUAGGUUUUAUCUGAUUUGUUUUUCACGCUUUUUCACUAUCUUUUUAUCUUGAACAUGUCGAAAAAUCACAUCUAAACUUUUUUUAGUUGUAGACUCCGAAAGAAAACGCGGAAAAAAUAAAUCACCGUAAAAUAUCUAAUAACUCACUUUCUGAAUAAUAAUGCCAGUUGAUUGUAGUGAAUCUUUGAUACUCAAAAUUGCCUGCGGCUUAUGAAAGAAAGAGAUAUACACAUAGAUCUUAUCUUGACAGAACAUGAAGUCGUUCGACGAACUUCUUAAAGGCAAUAGAAUCAUUUUUACCGUUAUAUCUUUACAUAUUCUUAAAACCUUCCUCACCAAAGUCGGUUUUCGUUAAAAGUGUAAAAAUUGAGCUAAAUCCAUAGAACGAUAGUAUGAGAUCUCAUUUUUUUUCAAGAAUCACAUGACUUUUUAUUAGAUACUUUGAUUUUUGUCCAAUUGUUCCGUCAUUCCCUGCUUCUUAGUUGCUGUAUUUCUUUGAUCGCACAUCCUUGAAUUCAUAAAGGAGUCUUACUGUAGUCAAUGGGUGUUUUGUGAUCUAAAAGAAUAUUAAGAUUCAGGAUAUAACAAAUUCCUUUUUAAAUUAAGCUUUGUUAUAAUAGAAUGAAAGAGUGCUUGUAUACAUAGACUGCCAUUUUUUUAGAGUUUUCCGAGACUUUGAACUUUUAGCUCUGCAUUUCUUUUAAUACUCUGAUAUUGGUCAAUGCUUGAGACUAUUAAGCAUGACGGCAUGUGUGACAACUUUGCUUACUCUCUUGCUCGACUCAUGAAAAUUUCGAUUUUCUUUAGUAUUUGUUUGAUCUCAGCAGCGCGAUUUUAAGAAGAAAAGAUGUUUAGUAUUGUCCUGUCUAGAAAAACUAGGGCGUGGGUGUGGAUGUCAUAGAAGAAAGGAUCCACACCACCCACCCACACCCACACCCUGAAUAUAAAAAUGUGAUUUGAUGAAGUUUUACAUUAGUAAAGUCAAAAUAUUCUGUCCAUUGCUGAUUAACAUGAGCAUAACCCUUGAGUGUAGGUCCAGUGAAAAUCUGUUUAGUGAUAUCACAGUUAAUCGUUCUUAAUGCUAGUUAGGUAGCUUAAAAACAAAAUCGUUGAUAAUAAAUAAAAUCUGGUAUAUAGGUGCACGAUACGUUCCAAUGAUAUCACAUAUCUGAGAGAAAAGUCUCUAACGUGGCAGUUACAUACAUACAUCUUCACCAAACGGAAGAAAUGCAUCUUACCUUUAUUAAGAGAACAAGAAAUGCACCAGAUUUGAAAAUGUGUACCUACUCAACUCUACGGAAAAUGAUCAAACGAAAGCUAAUCGAUAAAUUCGUACUUAGAGAAAAAAAUGCUUGUUAAACUAAAAUCUUCAACUUAACUGAUUAAACUAAAUACAUAGAAAUAAAGUGUGGCAUGUGAGUGGCAGCACGUGGGUGUGGGUCUUCUAUUCAACCACGUCCACGCGCGGGGUAGUCUCAUCAUCUCCCAUGUACAAUACGAACGAUUAUAUUUUUUUUAGUUGAACCCAAAGUGGAAGCUCCAAAACCAGCAAAUGAACAAUCAUGUGUCAUCGGUAAAGAUACUCAGAUUUCAUGGAAGUUCAGUGGCAUCGAGAAACCACAAGUGACAUGGUUCUUCAAUGGUCAACCACUUCUAACCAACGAUCGUUUUCAAGUGACUGAGACUUAUGAUGGAACAUCGACACUAUCGAUUCGUCAAGCUGAGCUUACCUAUCAAGGUGAUUAUAUUGCUCGAGCAAUCAAUGCUGUUGGUGAAGCUGAAGCUAAAACAACAUUAAAGAUUGAUUGCAUCAAACCUUUCAUCAAGACUAAUCUCAACACUGCACUGAAAGUCGCUAAAGGUGCAACUUUGACACUAGAAAUCGUCGCCAGUGGAACACCAAAACCUCAAAUUGUCUGGAUGAAAGACGACAAUGAACUUACAUCCAAUGAUCGCAUUCAAGUGACAGCGCCAAUUGGUAACGAUGAUAAAUACACACUGACCAUCUUGAAUGUACAACCAGAAGAUCAAGGUGAAUAUUCAGCCAAGAUUUCCAAUUUUGGUGGAUCACUUCAAUCCGAUAAGUGCAAAGUCAUUGUUUUCAGUAAGUCGCCUAGACUAAUCUUGUUCUUGUAUACAUAUGCCCGUGUACCCAUGAAAAAUGUUAGUUGUAGUGUAAAGUCAAGCGAAACUUUGCAACUGCUAUUUCUCUCAUUCAUAUGUAAGCGAAACACAUUCUUCUUAUAGUUUAUUAUUCAUGAGAUGCGCUCAAUUUACAUAACUAAUACAAAGAUGUUUCAAAACUUGUUCCAAAUAAGAUACACUUCGAUAAUGCAUCUUUCAGUU